UAUAUAUAACAUUGUUUCUCUAAAUCUGUGAUAGAAUUCCUAUGAAAUAUUUGCUCUGACCUGAGAUUAUUAGCAAAAUUUCUCAACAUCACUGACUGCAAUGUGAAGAAGAUGAGAUAGUGCAUUGAUGAAACAGGGAUAAGUUUACAUAAGUGUUGCUAGAGGAAGGUAACAGCGGAUAGAAUUACAACGGUGGAAGUAUUUGUAGGAGGAAAGUAUAAGAAGAAAAGCAGGACAUUGCAAUUUGAGAAGAAGAAUAAUGGAAAUGAGUAAGAAGCUUAAAGAACUGAUUUCCCAUGAAGACAUUAUAAAAGACAGACCAAAUUCGUCAUCUGACUGUGAUGUCUGCAAAAAAUCUUCAUCCCAAAAAAGCAAACUAAUUAUUUACAAACAUACUCAUAUAUAAGAAGAAAAGCAGGACAUUGCAAUUUGAGAAGAAGAAUAAUGGAAAUGAGUAAGAAGCUUAAAGAACUGAUUUCCCAUGAAGAGAUUAUAAAAGACAGACCAAAUUCGUCAUCUGACUGUGAUGUCUGUAAAAAAUCUUCAUCCCAAAGAAGCAAACUAAUUAUUCACAAACAUACUCAUGAAAGAGUAUAUGGUAGAGAAACCAUAUCAAUGUGAUACCUGUGGUGAAUCUUUCACUUGCAGUGCUGACAUAACUAGACACAAAUGUAUUCCUAAAGCUGAAAAGCCAUAUUGCUGUGAUGUCUGUGGUGAAUCUUUCACUUCCAGUGGUAACCUAACUAGACACAAACAUAUUCAUACAGGAGAGAAGCCAUAUUGGUGUGAUAUCUGUGGUAAAUCAUUCUCUCAAAAUAAUCACUUAACACAACACAAACGUAUUCAUACAGGAAAGAAGCCAUAUCACUGUGGCAUCUGUGGUAAAUCAUUCUCUCAAAGUAGUUACUUAACAAAACACAGAUAUACUCAUACAGGUGAGAAACCAUAUCACUGUGAGAUUUGUGGUAAAUCUUUCACUUGCAGUAGUCACCUAACUGGUCACAAACGUAUCCAUACAGGAGACAUGCCAUAUCACUGUGAUAUCUGUGGUAAAGUGUUCUCUAAUAAUAAUAAUUUAAGUACGCACAAAUCUAUUCACACAAGAGGGAAACUGUGUCACUAUGAUACCGGUGGUAAAUAAUUCUAUCAAAAUAAUGACUUAACAAAACAAAUGUACCCAUAGAGGUGAUAAGCCAUAUCACUGUGAUAUCUGUAGUAAAUUAUUCUCUCAAGAUUUUGUCUUAUGUAGAUACGUUCAUAUUCAUUUAGAAUAAAAGCUGCAUCCAUGUGGUACACGUGGGAAAUCAUUCACUGUAAGCAGUGCUUUAACUGGACAUGAAUGUAUUCACAGAAGUGAAAAUCCAUAUUGGUGUGAUAUCUGUGGUAAAUCAUUCUCUCAAAAUAGUCGCCUAACAAAACACAAACAUAUUCAUACAGGUGAAAAGCCAUAUCACUGUGAGAUCUGUGGUAAAUCUUUCACUCGCAGAACUCCUGUAAUUAGUCACAAAUGUAUCCAUUCAGGAGAGGACCCAUCAUCAUCAUCAUCGUUUAACAUCCGUUUUCCAUGCUAGCAUGGGUUGGAUGGUUUGACUGGGGUCUGGGAUGACGGAGGCUGCACCAGGCUCCAGUCUGCUCU